AUGUUUGCUUUCUAUCCCGAAGAACCGGAAUACUAUUAUAUACCCAGUAGUUAUUACCCUCGUUCACAAUUCUCAGGGUGUCGCCAACAUAACCAGCCUCCUUGUUCUUAUCACUCGAAUCCAUAUUCAUCCUACUCCCACCCAUGUUCAGACUCGUAUCUGACUCCCACUCACAACAAUAAUCGUAGCUAUCACAGAAACUACAAUCAAGGCGCCCAUCAUAACAGAAAUACUAAUCGUCGAGACAGAAGUGAAGAUGACUCCAUAUUCCUGAAUAAUCUUCGUCAACGCGACUCUUUGUUUACUCCUGAUUACUUUUUUAAUGUUCAGCCGAAUUACAUUGACCUUGAAAGGAUGAGCCGAGGACCUCAAGGACGUAAAUUCCAUAAUAAUGGCGAAGAAUUAAAAAAGAAGACCACGCCCUCAAGGAAAUCACGGUCGAUCCCGGUUACCACUCCUUCCGAUUCUGUCAAAACAAAUAAAUCAAAAUCAACGCUCGAUAAAAAUCAGGCAUCCCGAAAAAUCUAUAAAUUCCUGAGAUACGAUACCGCUAAUCAUAAAACUCGAAAAGUUCUUUCAAAACUGUUGCAACUACGAAACAUACAAAAUCAAUUGACUAACCUGAUACCAUCAAAUGAUCAAUUGAUAUUGACAUUCAGCACAGACCAAAAAACGCCACAAGUAUUGCCUAUAUCGAAGGAUAAUAAGAAAUAUUUGGAAUAUGAGGACACAGCUUUGAAGAUCUUGAGUAAAUUAGAUGAAGUUGAUAGUAAUGGAUAUGAUAUUGUUAGAGAGAGAAGAAGAGAGAUCGUGGGAUUAGCUCAAGGAGUUCUAAAUCGAAUGGACGAGGAAAAAGAAAGGCAAUGGGAAGAAUUUAAGGCGGAUAACGAUCUAGAUGAUUAUAAUACGGUGACCGAGGAGGAAGAUAGUAUGGCGGUAGAUGACGUUAGCGAAGAGAAAGUUGGUACACCCAUAAUAGUUCCAGUUGCAUCGGAAGGUCUUGAGGAUGCCAAUAUAAAACCAUACAGCAUAUCACGUGAAAAUGAUGCUAAAGAAACCGUUCUAGCGGAUGAAGCUCAGGACGAUGCAAUGAAAGAAGAAGUAGGUGUGGCUGAUGAAGAUUCCUCUGAUUCCAUAAAUACGAACAAAAGUAUGAAUGUCGACGAGCCUUCUAAAGAAGAUACUAAAAACGAGUCUCCAUUCUUCGUGGAUCAAGAGAAAUCAAGUAAAAGAACGGAUGAUGAAUUUGUGGUGAUAGAGUCGGAGGAUUUAAAUAGCAUAUAA